UGCACAAGAACCGUAAGCACGUGCCGGCACUGGUACUGGAAAAGCCCGAGGAUUCAGGGAUGGCCAAGGCCAGAAGCCUACGGCCUCGUCGGGUGGCCCCGGAGGCACGGCAGGUGCAGUGGAAGCUUGGAGAAAGCGGGGGGCUCGGGCGUAAGGGCGCGAGGCCCUGAAAAGGAAGCCGAGAGUUCCUCCACUAACCCACGCUCAGAGGUCACACAUUCAGAUCCUGCGGGGUUGGGGUUCGUCAUUUCACUUCAUAAAGAGGACUUCGCGAAAGGAGGAACAGAGAGUCCCUGCGUUCAUUCCAGAGCAGGCGGUGAGCCGGACCGCCGGGGGUGAGGCUGGAGCCCGAGCGGGAGGGGCGCGCGGUUUGGGUCUCCCGCGUCCCGCAGCCGGAGCCCGACACCGCCCCGCGCCGGUGCGGCAGCAGCCUGGCGGCGUCGCGGGGCUCGCGGACGGCGGCGGCGGCAGGCCCGGGGACAGGGACUCACCUCCGCGCGGCCGAGCGCCAUCCGGGGCGGCGGAGGACCGGCGCGUCGCGGCCCCGGCGUCGCGUCACUCCAUGGAUUCUUUGGGGCAACCCAGACCAGAAGAUAACCAGUCCGUAGUCAGCAGAAUGCAAAAGAAAUACUGGAAAACGAAACAAGUCUUUAUCAAAGCAACAGGAAAAAAGGAGGAUGAGUACUUGGUGGCAUCUGAUGCCGAACUGGAUGCUAAACUUGAGGUUUUUCACUCUAUUCAAGAGACAUGCACUGAACUUCUGAAGAUGGUUGAGAAAUACCAGCUAAGACUCAAUGUUAUAUCAGAGGAAGAAAAUGAACUAGGGCUCUUUUUAAAGUUUCAAGCAGAACGGGAUACAACACAAGCUGGCAAAAUGAUGGAUGCCACUGGCAAGGCCCUCUGUUCUUCAGCCAAGCAAAGGUUGGCCCUGGAUACUCCCCUGUCUCGUCUUAAGCAAGAAGUAGCAACAUUCAGUAACAGGGCAGUGUCUGAUACCUUAAUGACAAUUAAUCGGAUGGAGCAGUCACGCACAGAAUACAGAGGAGCUCUGCUGUGGAUGAAAGAUGUAUCCCAAGAACUGGACCCAGAUACCUUGAAACAGAUGGAAAAGUUCAGAAAAGUACAGAUCCAAGUGAGAAAUAGCAAAGCUGCUUUUGACAAGCUAAAGAUGGAUGUUUGUCAGAAAGUGGAUUUACUUGGAGCUAGUCGCUGCAAUAUGUUGUCACAUUCACUCACUACCUACCAGGUACCCACCUCCAUGAGAACACUGCUUGGAUUCUGGGAGAAAACAGCUCGAAUGAUGGCCCAAAUCCAUGGGGCCUAUAUUGACUUUCAUCCAUAUGAUUUUAUAGCUCUUCAGCAGCUACAAGGCACUCCAAGCAAGUUUACUGAAGAUCACAAAGAACAAAUACAAGACAAUUCUGUCACUGAAAAUUUCAAUAAGUUAGUUUUGUCAGAUGAGAAACUCAACUUGGGAAGUGAACCAGCAGCUGAAGAUCACAAGGAAAAAGAUUUUCAAGGAAGAGAAUUUGAAGCACAUCAGUUUUCUAACUCUGAAAAUGGAGUUGCAAAAGAUUUCCUGGUACAUUCAUUGGAAGAUGAUUUUGAGAGGGAAUUCUCAUUUCUCAACAACCUCCUAAGUCCUGGUUCUUCAAGUACUAGUGAAUUUGCCCAAGAAUGCCAACAUGCCUUGGGGAGCCCCAGCGCCAGUCUCAUGUCCCAGAAGCCUUCUGUGGUGUCUGAGCCUCUUGGUCAUGCCUCACGAUUCCUUCCUUCACAGCUCUUUGACCUUGGCCUCCAUGCUGACAGAGCUUUCAACAGCUGGGCCUCCCAAGGGGGAUUAGAACUUCCAUUUUCAUACAUUGACAACCAGCCAGUGCCUUUAGAGAGUCCAAAAAAACUAACAAAAUAUCCCAACAAUGUCCAAGACAUGUCAGCCUGGUUCAGUUUAUUUGCAGACUUGGAUCCACUUGCAAACCCAGAUGCUAUUGGACACUCAGAUGAUGAAUUUCUUAAUGCUUGAACAGUGGACUUGAGACAUUAAUUUUGCAACAUAUAGCCUUUGUGGAAGGCAGUUUAUAUUGUACCCAGUACACAAAAGAUAGUGUUUGCAAAUAUAACAUUUGCUAGCGAACUUUAGACAGGGUAAGGACCACAUUUGAAUAGAUUAAGUAACUCUGAAAUACCUUGGAUUUGCAAAUGUUUAUGAUACGUGGAAAAUAUUAGAAUCUAAUAUUGAGUGUGAAACAGGUGCCAAAAUUUAUUACAGAAUAACGGCUAUGAAUAAUUCUGUCAGUAAGAGUUGGGCUAAUUUCUUUGGAAAGCCUUUUAUAUGUAAGUUGCAAGAAUUCUGUAUGUGGCUAAAGGACAGCAUAUAAACUCAAUUGUGAUUUAGGGUUGGUUUUUAAAUAAAACAGUAGCUGGGGAGUUUUGUGUUAUGGAAAAUAGCCCUAGAACCAGAUCACUUUUGUCUUGAGUUGGUAAGGUUGAAUAGGAUUUGAGAACUAACUCAAUUUGCUUUAAUGAAAUUACAGAGAAAUUUGGUGCUUGCUUUCUCCACUUGGGGACUAAAAUGUAAUAUUUAGUUUUUUUCCUUCAUACAGAAUCAUGGGUACCCUUCAAUUCCAUUUUUUAAUUUUCAUGGGAAAAUAUGAUUUAUUUGCUAAUCUGUCUUCCAUAGAAACUCAUACACCACAAGAAUGUUCCAAUAAUAUUUUAGACAUUGCAUCUUCAGAGUUGGUUUUUAAACAUUGCUACCAUAAUGUAAAGUAUUCGUGUUCUUCCCAUAAAAAAAAGGAGGGGAGAACACUCCCUAAGCAACCGGAAUAGUAUUGUUGAAAUUACCCGUAAGCUUCUGAAUGAAGGAAAAAUUCUAAACACCCUAUCCUUACACAUAUUUGCAUACUUACGCCGUAUUUCUUCUUAUGAUUUAACCGAGAAUGUUUCUGGCAGAAUUACAGGAAGGUGUAUGUCUUACUUUUGCACUUUUCCAUAUUUUAUUUAACUCUUCCUUUUUAUUCAGUGAAAUUCUCUAAAAUGCAGUACUGUCAUUGUUCUGCCAAGAUUCAGUCAUCAAGGGUUAUAAUUGUGAAUCACAAUCUAAAUUCUAUACCCAAUGUAACUCUGUGCUUAACUUUGAAUAACUCAAAAAUUGCUAUACCUUAUGUCUUGAGUUCGUGCUAUUUUUCUUUCACUAACGCAUUACUUUAAAAUAUUUUAGUAUCUCCUUCAGAUCCUGUUAUCUCAUAUAAACAGACACCUCAGUGCAGAAGAAAACCACUAGUCUCUCCAAGACAGAAACCCAAAUCCCAGACUAACCUCAAUUUUCCCAACAAAGAUUCUCAGCAAACAGAAACAUACAAGUGAUUAGUACUAUUACUCGGUUCUUAGUUUCUCUAUCAACAGAGUAUGUAGUUGCCCAUUAAACUGAAAAGCAACAUUAACUCCUUUAGCAAGUUCAGUUAUAACUUCAACAGUCUAACAACUCUGUUUUUAAAGAGCACACUGAAAACUUCAAGAUUAGUUGUAUGAAGCUCAGCUAUUUUUAGGUGCCAGAAACAGAAAUCUGGCUGUAUGCACUCAGGUUACUAAUAUAGGAAACCAACCACAUAUUUAGUAGGGAGUGAAAGGAAGGACAGAAUAGACUGAUAAGAAAGGUGAUCAGCUGUUAUUUGUUUAAAUCUCGAUCGACCAUUCAAUAUGAAUUAAUUAACCUUAACCAAGAUUAGGCUGAGAACACCUCUUUCAAAAUAAAUAAUUUUUAUGUUAAGUGGGUGAAAAUACCUGUUUUCUACUUUCUAAAACCUAACUAGAAUGCAUUUAACCUUAGAAAAGCCCCAUAAGAACUAAAAUUUGCCUUAUCUUUCUAAAACUACAAGAGAGGAAGGAAUUCCAGGGCAUAUCAAGAUCAGAUUGGUGUAACUUUGUAUCUUUUGAAAUUUUCAUUAAUUGUAAAACACAGCCCUGAUAUGACUAGAAACAAACUGUAUUUUAGCAAAAUAAUUUCCAGUAUUUACAUAAUGAAAGAAGUGUUUGUAUUUCAACUAUGGAUAUUUAUUUCAUGUAACUAUAGACCAUUUGGAAAUAUAGAUCUUAUAGCAUAAAAACAAAGGAAGUUUGAAUGUGCUCUG